AUGUGGGAGACGCUUUACGGGAUUAUGCUCGCCUUUCCGCUCGUUUGCUGGCUGUUCAUCCCAGUCUACUACCGUCUGCAAACUAACUCUGUUUACGAGUAUUUACAGAUGCGCUUCGGCUCAAACCGGGUCAGGCAAAUGGCCGCCGCAACUUUUCUUCUGCGUCAGACGCUGAACUUGGCGGUGACGGUGUACACGCCAACGGUAGCACUUCACGCUGUCCUGGCGUUACCUCACUGGGCGUCAGCGGCUGCUCUCACUGUCGUGGCGAUUGUAUUCAACUUGCUGGGAGGAUUGGCUGCUGCAAUCAGAGCCGACGUCAUCCAAACUCUGACAAUGGUGAUAGUGAGUGGUGCCUUCAUAGUUCAAGCGACAUUAAAAGCUGGUGGUCCUGGGAAAGUUAUCAGCGACAACAUCGAAGGCGGCAGAUUGGAAUUCUUUAAGUUCACGGGGGACCCAACCGUCCGUGUAGAUACAGCAUCAGCUCUAAUCGGCCAACUGUUUAUGUCGAUUUCCAUUUACGGUUGUCAGCAAACGUUCGUCCAAAGAUACUGCUCGAUGUCCAGUGAGGGCAGGGUGAGAAGGACCCUCAUAGCCAACGUUCCUGCAGUUUUCGUCCUGUUUAGUUUAUCUUGGGUUGUGGGGAUGGCAUUGUACGCGCUUUACAAGUACUGCGACCCCCUGCUAGCUGGAAGUAUUGCCGCUCCGGAUGAAGUUUUGCCGUACUACGUGCAGGAUCAGUUCACGUUCCUGCCUGGAAUGCUUGGGUUGUUCUUGGGCAGUCUGUUUAAUGGCGCUUUGAGUUUCCUGGUAUCCAACGUGAACUCACUGGCUACUGUAACAUUUGAGGACUUUGUAUCAACCGUGCCUGUGUUCAAAGGCAUCAGUGAUAAGCAACAACUGACUGUCAUCAAGAUCAUUGGUAUUGUUUACGCGAUCCUCAUCAUGUGCCUGUCGCUGUGCGUGGGCAUGGUGGGAGGAGUGGUGGAAGGGUCGCUGCUGGUGACGUCGGCGACGUCGGGCGCGCUGCUGGGCGUGUUCCUGCUGGCGGUGCUGGUGCCGCCCGCCAACGCUACGGGCGCGCUCGCCGGCAUGCUCGCCGCGCACUUCAUCACCACCUGGAUGGCGGCGGGCCGGCUGUUGUACGUCAAUGACAGCGUCGCCAUGCUGCCACUGUCCGUAGAGCGAUGUCCAAACGCGACGGUCAGCGUGUUCAACCACAAACCUCUGCCCGUUGAAGUAAACCAGACGUUAAUACAGAUGCAGUCAGUAAACAUAACCCAAUACAGUCCGGAGGACACUUCAGCCGUCAUGUCUUCAGGUUUAAUGAAAAUGUACUCGAUAUCCUAUAUGUGGUACGCAGUUAUCGGUACACUGACGUGUGUCACUAUUGGCACCAUAAUCGGCCUUUUAACCGGAAGUGAGAAGGACAGUUUUGAUGAGAAACUAUUGCAUCCGAUGGUAGCGAAAAUAUAUCGCAAAUUACCGGGACGUAAACGUACAUUUACUAGUAAUGUAAAUGAGAAAACACCAGAAGAAAAGGAAGUUUCCGAUAGGACUGAAGAUACUGUUAUUGAAGAUUGUAAACCCGAUAUUCUCCCAGUAUUUACAACGAACAGCAGUAAAAUAUUCGAAAAUGAUAUCGACAGGUCCUCUUCAGCAAUUAGAACAAGAUUGUGA